AUGGAUUUCAGGUUCACUUUACUUCCGUGGGUCACCAUGAGGGAAAUGGUAGUGCAGAACGAGCGAUUCACACGAUAUGAGUCAUUGACUUAUCAUGAUUGGGUCGAGUGUGUUUAUGAUGCGGCCCUAGCGUACAAUGGUGGUACCCAGAUGGGAUUCUCAACAUUCGUUGCGCAUACGGGUAGAAUCUAUGACGACCCCCAGCGAUUGGCUCUUCAGACUAAACUAGAAGAAAUGCAAAUGACGGAUGUGCUGGGUUGUCUGCAGUAA